AUAGAUUUUUGUUCUUUUAAAAGGGUUAGGAUUUUUCCCUGUUCUUUUUUGUUUUUCGUAUAGGGAGGAGUUUGGGGUACGCUAAGGAGUACGCGGUGCAUAAGGUGGAGUCCGCAAACUCCCAAGAUCCGUGCGACACUUGGCAAUCCCACGUCACACGCCACAUGCGCCCACCACUCUCCACGUGUGACUUUUUAGCCUCUCCCCUUCUCCAAACGCUUCCCUACUCCCCACUUUUUCCACCCCCCGCGCAACGCAACGCAACGCAACGCGUGCGUGCGUGCGUGCGAACACCGUCGCACGGUUCCCGACCAAUCAAAACUCACGGUGUGGGCGACGUGUACACACGCGUGUGGCAUUCUACGGAUGUUUCGUGUUUGCGAGGGAGCCGCGGAUCUUUGACAGGUUGGCAUUACGUAGCGUUGUUGCGGACGGUAGCAGCGCCUACGAAGCGACGCAAAGAACACCACCUCCCAAGUAGCGUACGCCAAACCCCCCCGCACCCGGCCCCGUCUACACAUCCAACGGCCCAGAAUCCAUCCCAUCCGCCCCUUUUUCCUUCUCCUCCCAUUCUAUUAUUUUUACUUUUAUUAUUAUUUUUUAUUAUUAUUAUUAUUAUUAUUAUUAUUAAUUAUUAUUAUCUCCGCUCCUCCUCUUUGUCUGAGGCUUUUUGUUGUUGUUGUUGUUGUUGUUGUUCUUGCCGCUGCGUUGUUGCUUCUUUUCGUUGCCUCUGUGCUGCUGUUCGAGCGGGCGCUCGUGAUUAACCUUGCGAAUUUCGUCCGGCAUUGCCUCGGCAUUGCUCCGGCCCGUCGGAGCGGAGAUCAAUUGGCGUAAUUGAUGACAAUGAGAAGAGCGGCGGCGGCGGCGGCGGCGGAAUCUACGGCGGCGGCGGCGGCGGCGACGCUGGUGCCGCCGUGGCUGGAGCCGCUUCUGGCGACGCAGUUCUUCUCGGCGUGCCCAGACCACGCCGACGCGGCGCGCAGCGAGUGCAACAUGUUCUGCCUGGACUGCCGCCCCUCGCCCCCCGCAUUCUGCUUCUACUGCCGCUCCGACAUCCACCCCGGCCACCGCGUCAUCCAGAUACGGCGGUCGUCGUACCACGACGUGGUGCGGGUGGCGGAGGUGGAGAAGGCGCUGGACAUCGGCGGGGUGCAGACGUACGUCAUCAACAGCGCGCGGGUGCUCUUCCUCAACGAGCGCCCGCAGCCGCGCGGCGGAGGGGCCGCCGCAGCCGGGAAGGCCGCGUCGUCCACGCACUACUGCGAGAUCUGCGCCCGCGCCCUCCUCGACCCCUUCCGCUUCUGCUCCCUCGGCUGCAAGUUGGUGCGGAUAAAGAGGAACGGCGACGCAAGCUUCACACCGACCGAGGCGAGCGCGAGCGGGAGCGGGAGCGGAGGAGGAGACGGGGACGAUAACAAAGCGGAGGGGGGUAAGGUUACCGGGGGAAGCGGGGAGCGGAUACCGCAGCGCGAGGAGACCAGAGUCGGCGCCGACACGGCCCGAGCAACGCGGUCGCUGCCGAAUUCGCGGCGUCGCAAGGGCGUCCCCCACCGCGCCCCAUUCUUCGCUUCUUGAGACCCACAACCACUACCAACAACUACAACAGCAACAACAACAACAACAACAACAAUAAUAAUAAUAAUAAUAAUAAUAAUAAUAGGACAAAUUAUUGUAUUUAUUCAAUAAUUAGUUGAUAAUAAAAUACACAAAAAUCUCUCCCCACAAAUACGUAGGUGGAGUUAUUUAAAA